AUUGGGACAUGGAGAAUUGGAUUAGAAUCCAAAACAAUAAAAGCUUCUUUUUUUCAGGAGGAUGUAACAUUACAAAAUGUGAAAAUAUUAAUGUUUUUUGUAUACUUUAUAUGUCCAAAAUGAGACAUAUUUUUGAGACUGAAUGAGUUAACUUUCUGAACUUAAAUUCUAGUGUUUUUUUUAUUUAUUUAUUUUUUUUAUCCAAAAGGCAUAAACUGUAUUUAUUGUACGGUUUAAAUAUUUUAAGGACGCGCAGGGCUUCUGAGACUCUUCAUUGGUUAAAACAGACUUUUUAUUCAUUGGUUAAGAGAAAUGGCGGCACAUUCCUAUUGGCCCUGUACCGAGUUUGCAAUGCGACUCCAACGCCAUGCUAAAUGCGUUGAUAAGAAAAUAAACUCUAUCCAAGUAGAAUAAUAUAUACAAAUUUGUGUUUAAAAAAACAAAGCGCAAAAAUAUCUAUUUUUGGCAUUUAUUUUUCACAUAUAAAUAAAAUCAUUAUUUCACUUGUCCCCUUGUUGCUAGGCAGAUUAUGGUAAUGCGCGGCCAUCUCUGCAGCUACCAUUCCGAGGUAAGACCAACAUGAAUUGUUUUGUUUAAAUAAUCCUAAUUGUGCGGUCAAUUUAGAAUCUAAAACCUUUUUUUCUACCUGUUUCUAUUUUUUUUUUAAGAUUCACCCCAUACCGUCUUUUAAUUGUCCACUACAAAUCUUAAAAGUCUGUUUGACGGGAUUGUUGUUUAGUCCCACCCAAAAUGGAGACUCUCCUUCCUUGUUCUACUGAAGAAACUGGGAUGGGCUCAACUAUAAGCAGGGAGCGAAAGGUCUAUUACCUAUAUUUAAACUCGUUUAAAAUUCCACUCGGUUUGGUGAAAAUGAUGGCGAAGUUCAUGGCACAGCUGCUUGUUAUUGGCUGAGUGGAUGCAGUGCUGGAUUUGAGGCUAUCCUUAAAAGAUGGCAAUGGAGGACCAGGAAUCAUCCUCGGUGUGGAAUCAAAACCCCAGUAAUGAAACCAACAAUCCAGCACAGGUUCAUUUUGAGGGUGGAACUGUGGCUCAAAUUGUAUACAGUGGAGAACAACCAGACAGAGGGCAACAGCAGGUUGUAUACACUGCUGAUGGAAGUUCCUACACCUCAGUGGAAACUGCCGAACACACACUGGUCUACAUACACCCUGCUGAUGGAGCACAGGCCGUGUUUACAGACCAGCCCCAAGUGGCAUACAUUCAGCAGGAUGGCACAACUCAACAGGUCACAGUGUUAUUGCCAGGUGGCCAGAACAUGAAUGCUGCAAAUUUACAUGUACUCAGCAAUGUAGCAGAUGCCCCACAAGCUAUACUGGAACCUGUGUCACAGAAUCAGCUCUCCGACAAUACUCUCCCUACGAUCACAGAGCCCUCAGUCAGUCCCUUGGCAGCUACAGACUCUACUGUGGACUCUGAGGAUGAAGAUGAUGAUGACGAUGAUAAUAGAGAUGAUUCAGACUUGGACGAUUGGGAACCCAGGCCACCUCAACCGUUUACCCCUCAGCAUCUGUGGUGUGAGGAAUGUAAUAAUGCCAACCCAGGCGAGUGCUUGAAGCAUGGUCCCCUCUACCCAGUUGUUAACAGACCUGUGAUGUCCAAAGCUCGUGCUAGCCUCCCUCUCAUCCUCUACAUUGACCACUUUCAGGGGGGUGUCUUCUCUAAAAGGCGCAUUCCUAAGCGUACACAGUUUGGACCCGUGGAGGGGCCACUGAUGCCACACAGUGAACUGCCGGGCACCCAAUUUCAGCUUAAAUUAUGCAUGUCAGACCCACAAAAAGACAUAGAACAAUCAGAGGACAUGUGGAUAAACCUGUCUGAUGAAGAUCGCUGUAACUGGAUGAUGUUUGUCCGUCCUGCGGAAAACCACAUGGAACAGAACCUGGUGGCCUACCAGUAUGGCUCAGACAUCUUCUACACCACCAUCAGAAACAUUCCACCAAAACAGGAGCUUAAGGUCUGGUAUGCUGCAUCAUAUGCAGAGUUUGUGAAUAAAAAGAUUCAUGAAAUCACAGAAGAAGAGAGGAAAGUUCUACGAGAGCAGGAGAAGAACUGGCCAUGUUAUGAGUGUAACCGGCGUUUUAUGAGCUCAGAGCAGCUCCAACAACAUCUUAAUAUGCAUGAUGACAAACUGGACCUCAUACAAAGGCCAAAAGCACGUAGGCGAGGACGGGGCAGGAAACGGUUCAGUACUGGGAGGCGGCCAGGCAGACGACCGAAAUUUAUCCGUCUGGAAACUCCAGCAGAGGGAGCAGAUAAAAGCCAGGAUUAUCUGGCAUUCUCAAAACUCCCCUACGAGGAACAGGCAGGAAGGGUUAUAAACGGUCUAAAGGUGGAUGAGCUGGGAGAAGACACUGUGGAAACUGUUACAAGUGGUACAUUAGAGACCCGAGUAGGACAGACUGAAACACUAAAUGAAGUGAAUGCUGCUGAAUCCCAAACCUCACCUACUAAUGAUACACAGGCUGAAAAAGAGGACCAACAUACACCAGUUACUACAGAUUCCCAUCUCACUCCCCAGGAUAUGAGGCGUGCCCGGAGGAUUCGGGUGGACUUGCAGAAUGCUGCUCUUCAGCACCUCUUCAUAAGGAAGUCCUUCCGCCCCUUCAAGUGUACACUUUGUGGAAAAGCCUUUCGGGAAAAGGAUAAACUAGAGCAACACAUGCGCUACCACAGCAGGGAAGGAUGCCGAUACACCUGUCACCAAUGUAGCAAAGGGUUUUUGAGUAGUUCAGUACUGGAGGAACAUCUUCAAAUGCACUUGGAACAGCGCAACUACGCGUGCCUAUUUUGUACCGAGUCCUAUGACAGGCUGGAGCUGCUCAAAGAGCAUGUCAGUGUUCAUUUAGUCAAUGGCUGCUUCUCUUGUCCCUCCUGCAAAAAGACUUUCACAGAUUUUAUACAGGUAAAAAAGCAUGUGCGGAGCUUCCACUCAGAAAAAAUAUUCCAGUGUAUGGAAUGUGAUAAAGCCUUCUGCCGUCCAGACAAGCUUCGGCUGCACAUGCUACGCCACUCGGAUCGCAAAGACUUCCUUUGUUCAACAUGUGGCAAGCAGUUCAAGAGAAAAGAUAAAUUGCGGGAGCACAUGCAACGCAUGCACAACCCAGAGCGCGAGGCCAAGAAAGCCGAUCGCAUCCACCGCACAAAGUCUCUGAAGCAAAAGGAGCCCACAACCGACUUUGAGAGCUUUAUGUUUAAGUGCCGGCUCUGCAUGAUGGGCUUCCGUCGGAGAGGAAUGCUGGUUAAUCACCUUUCAAAGCGCCACCCUGACAUGCGAAUAGAGGAGGUCCCUGAGCUGACGCUCCCCAUCAUUAAACCCAAUAGAGAUUACUUUUGUCAAUAUUGUGAUAAGGUUUAUAAAAGUGCAAGUAAGCGCAAAGCUCACAUCCUAAAGAAUCACCCUGGUGCCGAAUUACCACCUAGUAUCCGGAAGCUGCGCCCUGCCAGGCCGGGUGAGCCAGAUCCCAUGCUGAGCACCCACACUCAGCUAACAGGCACCAUUGCCACAGCCCCUGUCUGUUGCCCACACUGUGCAAAGCAGUAUAGCAGUAAGACUAAGAUGGUGCAGCACAUCCGUAAGAAACAUCCAGAAUUUGCACAACUUACCAACAACAUUCAGGCUCCUUUAGCUACAACCGUCAUCAACAGCACUCCCGCAGUCAUCGCUACCGAUGGUACCACUUCUGAGGCUGUAGUGACAACAGACCUUUUGACACAGGCAAUGACAGAGCUGUCUCAAACUUUGACUACAGACUACCGCACAGUGCAGGGAGACUUCCAGAGGAUCCAGUAUAUACCUGUGACUCAGGCUGGAGGGGGUUUGAGCCAGUCGCAGCACAUCCAGUUGCAAGUGGUGCAGGUUGCUCCGCCAUCAACAUCCCAGUCCCAGCACUCAACAGUUGAUAUGACCCAGCUGCAGGAUCCUCAUGGCUUUACUCAGCACUCCAUUCAGGUACAACACAUCCAGGUUUCUGAAGCUGUGGGGACUGUGCAGGCCAGUGCGCAGGUCACUGGCCAACCUUUAAGCCCUUCUUCUCAACAAGCAGCACAGGACUUAAAUUCAGGUCGCCUACAAUCAUCAACCGGUCAAACACAAGGAACAGUUCAGCAUGCUUACUUGCCUAGCAACUGGAACUAUCGGAAUUACCCCUCAGAGAUACAGAUGAUGGCUUUGCCUCAUGCUCAGUACGUACUGGCGGAUGCUGGCACACCUGUCACUGCAGCUGCUAACAGCAGCCAAGUCAAAACGACUCAUUAUGUGAUUUCUGAGGGGCAGACAGAGUUGGAUAAUAAACAAGAUAAUGCCCCAGCCACUACCACUGAGGUAAACGGUGACCCACUGGAGCAGCCAUCUGCCAGUCAACAGUCUACCACCCAGUAUAUAAUCAAAACCACAACUAAUGGAUCUGGAGCGAGUGAAGUGCAGAUUACAAAACCUUAAAUCUGUAUGUGUCCUGUUGCCUUUAUUAGCCUGUCAUGAUUUUAACUCACUGUUUAGUCAUCAUUUUAUUUAAAUGAAUCUUUAUUUUUAUGUUGAGAUACUACUUUACAUGAGAGAUUUCUUUGAGUCUGACUUUGAGCAGAUUUUAUUUUUGGUUUAGCAUCUGUAAUUUUGCUCAAUAUGACAUUUUAGAGUCUUGCUGUCAGUCUAGAUUAACAAUCUCUGAUUAAUCUGACACUGAAUGUAUAAAAUGUAUAGAAUAAUCAAAUCUCUUGAAUUCAUUUCUACAUCCCUUUUUUUUUGUUUUCCUGUAUUCAUGUAUGUUUUAAAAUGUUGACUUGUGGGUUUUGGUUUGUAGCGUUACAUUUGGUUUGUGUGAAUAUGUACUAAAGCUGCUUACACUGUGCAACUAAUGAAUUUUCUGAUUCAUGGAUGUUUAGUAUUUAUUUGGCAUAUGGCUUUUGCUUACAGUGAGCUGGAUAUUUAUAACCAAAAAAAUCACAAAUCAAAAAGGAUAAAUGAAGCCACAAUUUAAAGAGGAAGAGAUGUUCAAUGUAAAGAUUAGCUAUUUCAUUUGUAUUGGUAGAGAUUAACAUGUGUAAGCACCUUGUCUCAAGAAAAUAUUAUCAUGUCUCUAAUAUUGACACGAAUUUAUAAUUUUCUUUGUAAACACUUGUGUAUCCUAAAUUUUGGUGCGGGUGGCCUGGGACAUCGAGGUUGACACACACUUAUGAGCACUGCAGUGAAAAAUCAUUAUCCUUUUUUUUUUUUUUUUUUAUUUAAUAACAAUUUUUGCAGCUAGACACUUGUGUAGUUCUUUUUUGUGUCUUUGUUGUGGAAAAUGUUAUGAGGUUUCCGGCAAAGGUAUUAUCUCUGAACAAUCUAUUAUUUUAAAUAAUAAACAAAUGAAGAGAUUUUGUGGAAA